GUUUCUCUCGCUCUUUGACUGCAGAUCUGCAGACAACAACAGUGCUACUCCACGUAUCACAGUCGUUUAUCAUCUGUUUAUUACAGCAAAUCGCAGGUGUCCCGUUGAUAAUGGCACAUUACAUGCAUAUUAGCUGAAAUGCAAAGGGGAGCGUGCAUCGAGCGGAGAGAGGAUGCGCGUGCACGAGGGACCCGCUUCCAUCCUAAACCCACGCGGGGGGCGCGCACACGUGUUGCAAAGCAGCGCAUGCGCCGUGCAGCCAAUCACGGGCGUCACACAGCCGCAGCGAUUGCGGACCUGACACGUCGAGUCGCAGCACAGAAGUAGUGGCGGAGGGGAUGGAGACGGAGAGCCCAGACUAGCGACGCCUCAGCCGCCAGCAUGUGUGCAAUGUGCCCGUCUCCUCCCCCCUGAUCCGCUGUGACUGCAGUCGUCCUCCUCCGCGGGGACCACAAUGACGCCCUGCGUGAGUCCACACUAGUGGUCGCGGUACCGCGCAUGAUGCCCAUCUCGAGCCCGACCGGCAAGACGCUCCACAACUGUUGUUCCCGUCCCACGGUGCCGAGGAGGACCGAGUGUUUCCUCCGUCAGCCUCCUCCUCCUCCCGCUGGUGUAUGAUGGAGAGCUCCAAUGGCUCUGCAGGCAGCGAUACCAGAGCGAGCCAGUCGGAGAAGAAGAGACCGAACCGGGCGCCCUCCCCGGCCAGACCUUUCCUGAAGGACGUGCACGCCCGCGCCGCGAAGCCGCCGGCCAUCGGACCCAAAUCGCCCAAACUCGGCAAGCAGCAGGCUCCGAACCGCGGCUCCAGGCGCAAUCUCGCCGCCGCGGCCGCCAGGAGCAACGCCAAGGCCGGCCUGGCCAAAAAGCCCGGCAGGCUCCCCGGAAGCGAACUGAAAGCAGCCGGCAGCCCGACCCUCGCCAAGGCCAAGAAGGGCAAGCUCGUCCCGGCGUGCACCGGGCCUCUCGGCCAUGGCUCCCCGGUCCGGGUACCGACCGGUCUGGUCGGCCAGACCGAUAGCAGCUCGGAUCUGUCGGACUGCCCGUCCGAGCUGGCGCCGGUGGCCAGCAGCGACGCCGAGUCCGGCACCGGCUCCAGUGAUAGGGAUCGUCCGCUGCGGGCGGAGCCACCUGCGACUCCGGCGACUCCGGCGACUCCGGCGGCUCCGGCGCCUCAUCCCGCCCCCAAGGCUUCGGUGUGCCCGGCCCGGUCCGGUCCGGAGAAGAAAGCCAAAGGAACCGAGGAAGAGCUGCUGAGAGAAAUGGAGGAUUUGAGGUCUGAGAACGAUUAUUUGAAGGACGAGGCGGAAGAGUUGCGGGCGGAGAUGGAGGAGCUGCGCGACACCUACAUGGACGAGGAGGUGUACCAGCUGCAGGAGCUGCGGCGCGAGCUGGAGCGCUCCAACAAGAACUGCCGCAUCCUGCAGUACCGCCUGAGGAAGGCCGAGCAGAAGGGCCUGCGUGCAGCCCAGACGGGACACGUGGACGGGGAGCUGCUGCGCGCCCUCGAGCAGGACCUCAAGGUGGCCAAAGACGUGUCGGUGCGCCUGCACAACGAGCUGGAGAGCGUGGAGGACAAGCGCAGCCGAGCUGAGGACGAGAACGAGCAGCUGCGCCAGAGGAUCAUCGAGGUGGAGAUCUCCAAGCAGGCGCUGCACAACGAGCUGGAGCGGGCCAAAGAGACUGCACUGAGGCGACGGGGGAGCUCAUUUAAGGACAAGAAAUCCACCAGCCAGGAGGACAGUGCUGACCUCAGGUGCCAGCUCCAGUUCGCCAAGGAGGAGUCGGGCCUGAUGCGUAAAAAAAUGGCCAAGCUGGGCCGGGAGAAGGACGAACUGGAGCAGGAGCUGCAGAAGUACAAGUCGGUCUACGGGGAUGUGGACUGUCCUCUUCCCCUGGCUGAGUGCUCAGGCGGCGGCCCCCAUUCCACUCGGGAAGCGGAGCUGCGACUGCGUCUCAAGCUGGUGGAGGAGGAAGCCAACAUCCUGGGGAGGAAGAUCGUGGAGUUGGAGGUGGAGAAUCGCAGCCUGCGGGCCGAAAACGACGACAUCCGCUGCCAGUACGAGCGAGACUGCUUCGGCCGGGAGCCCUUCUCCAGCAUGCCCUCGUCACCCUACGGUGGCGACGUACUUGAGUCGGCUGGCGAGCUCCGUCGUCACCUUCAGUUUGUGGAAGAGGAAGCGGAGCUGCUCCGUCGCUCCAUCACGGAGAUUGAGGACCACAACAGGCAGCUUACCUCGGAGCUCAAUCGCUUCAAAUUCAGUUCUGACCCGGCAGGCGAGGACAGCGGUGAAGGAGGAUUAUUUAAACCCACUAAUGGCUCCAACGGCGGGAUGAUGGUGAUGGAGGAACUGAAAUCUGCCAGGAUGCAGAUCAACGAGCUAAGCGGAAAAGUGAUGAAGCUUCAGUACGAGAACCGGGUUCUCCUAUCCAACGUCCAGCGUUGCGACCUGGCGGCACACUUGGGCCUGAGAACCGGCAGCCCGCGAGACAGCGACGCCGACAGUGAGGGCGGCCGGCGGGAAGCGACUGAAGAUGAGGAGGCAGGGCGACUACUUCUCCUCCAACCCAAGAGGGAGGGCCCUAUUGGCGGAGAAAGCGACUCUGAAGACCUGUUUGAGAAAACCACCACCUCGGGGUUCGGAAGCAUCCGGCCCUCGGAUGGCAUCGAGCUUAGCGCUGCAGAGCACGCCAACCGCCGCAGGGAGGAACGGGAAUCCUUUGCCAAUUUGAAAAGAGAGGCAGAUAGACUUGGGAAGUCUGUGGACCGUCUUAUCACUGAUACGGACAGUCUGAUCCUCGAGGGCAAACUUCUGGUAACUACGGCAGAGGGUCUGCAGGGAGGAGGCGAUCCCCAAGUCCUGGACACUAUCAAUACCUGCAUGAAAGCUUUCCGCACCGAGCUGCACAUCUUCGUGGAGAAGCUGGAACAUGUUGGUGAUGGACUAAGGGACAGGACGGAUGACCUGUCCCCAAUGCCAAACCUCACGGAGUCCAGCAGUUUCCUGUCUACGGUCACCUCAAUGUCGCGGGAUUCUCCCAUUGGCACCUUCGGGAGAGACCUGAUGACGGACUUCCAGUCCGGUCAGAGGGAUGAGCUGGAGUGGCGAGUAGGACAGGAGCGAUGCGUGGAGCCCCACAACCAGAGCAGGGGAUGUGCCGCAGGACUCGCUAGGUACCACAGACCCCUGGUUUUAAGAGGAGAGCUGCGGGAGGCGCCCGCUCUCGACGUGAACCUUCGUCCGGAACACGAACGGCGGCCGAGAAUCGCUGCGGACGAACGGGACUCUCCGAUUGUCUCGUUGCCUCAGGAGGAUGAGCGGUCGCGUCCGGACCCCCAGCGCCCGCGUCUGGAGCUGCCUGGCCUCCUCCAGGGUCCGGAAGCUUGCUGGGCUCAGGAGCGAGCCUCCCUGCAGCAAGAAAUUCGCCUCUUCCGACGCAACACAGCCAUCUUCUACAUGAAGCUCAAGUCCAUCCUGGUGCGUUGGAGGCUCGGAAGCAGGGAUGGCGCAUCUCCCGACGACGGCGCGCAGCUUGAGGUGGAGAAGUUGGAAGGCGUCCCCGAGCUGGGUGGGAUGAUGCAGCAGACUGAGGGCAACGGAGGGUCCGUUCUCCCAUCCGUGUCGCCCGAUGGACACUUGCAGUACCAGCAACAGUUUGGGGAGAACCGGCGAAUGCUGCAGGCGCUGCGCACCCUGCUCGAGCAGUUCCGUGAGGAGCUGCGCGAGGAGGACACGCGGCGCUGCCAACUGCAGCAGGCCUACGCCAACGACAAAGCCGCCUGGGAGGUGAAAUGGGCCGCGAUGAAGUGCCAACUCACUCAGGUGGAGGAGGAGGCGCGAGGGAGAGCGCGAGGCCAAGCUCAGGGGGGCGAAGGAGAAGCGUCGUCCCGGGACGGCGAGUGGGCGCUGAAGCAGGAGCGCGAGGAGCACCGGCGCCUGCUGGCCGAGAGCCACAACACCUCGCUGGACCUGCGCUGGCGCCUGCAGCACGGCGAGAAGCGAUGGAGCCGCGAGAGGGCCGAGCUGCUUGAGCAGUUUGAGCGGCAGAGGCAGGAGUGGGACGGAGGCACCCGUGAACUCCACCACAAGAUGGACAGGCUGCAGAGGGAGCUGAACUGCCGGCAAGGUGAGGGCACCGAGGACGGCGGCUCAUUUACCGGCGCCCGCUCCCCGCGUUCCCCGCGGGCCGCCGCCCCUGUCCCGGUGCCGCCCGUCCGCUCCCUCUCCGACUCGGAUGCCGUGCUCGCGGAGCAAGGGGGGUCUGCCUUCGUGAAACUGAGAAGCCCGACGGAGAGUCCCUUCUUGGACGCUCUGUCUCUGGAUCCCCUCGCCGGUCUGGAGGUCCCCCCGCCCUGCAGGCUGCAGGGUGAGAAGAGGUUCCCCUGUAUGCAGGAGGCCCUCAAUGUGAUUUCCGAGAGAGAAGGCGCUGCGGAGUUGUACCAUGAUGAGGAGAUGGGCGGCGGCAGUUUGCUUAGAGCCAAGUCGGUGUGCUCCAUGAGCGAUUUCCAGCGUCUGAUGGACAGUUCACCGUUCCUCCCCGAUAAGAUGCGCCACAGUGAGCGAGGCCAAGAUGACGUCACUCCGCCCCUUUCACCGGAUGACCUCAAGUACAUUGAGGAGUUCAACAACAAGGGCUGGGACUUCCCGUCAUCCACCGCCGACGACCCGGGCUCCGCUCGAGAGGCGUGGGUUGACAAACCCUCAGAAACGAGGGGAGCGGACCCGGUCAGGGAGUCCCUCCAACCGCCCUCCUGGUUCCUAACCACCAGCGCCAGCCUGACCACCACCAGCACCCUGAACAGCCGGUCGGGCGUGGGAGCAGACGCCUAUGGGGUCCACAUCCUCCACAGCCCCACCAGAUCUGUGCCAGAGCCAGAGUCUGACCUCCUUUACACAAAGGGGAGCAAGGCAAGAGGCGACGGGGAGGCAGCUAGCGGGUCAGAUGAGGUAUUCACUGGCGGAAGGUGGCCAUGUGGCCUUCUAGAAUCCGGGGGGUUAAGGACUUCUCCGAACCAGUCCCCCAUUUGCCCCACUGUGGGUUACGCCUCCUCGCUGGAGCUCCAGCUCUCUCGGAACAUGAGUGAUGACAUGAAGGAGGUGGCCAUUUCUGUGAGGAAAGCCAUCUGCUCCCCACCUGGGCCCGUGGUCCGGGACACAGCCUGCCAAACCAACGGCUUUACCACGCGAGGCACUCAGACCACGCAGACCAUCAGCGUGGGUCUACAGACGGACCUGUUGAGGAACCUGACCAGCAGCCCCCACCGCUGCCUCACCCCGAAAGGUGGUGGCACCCCCAUCUCGUCCCCGUCGCGGAAUACCAGGAAGGUCCAGUACUCGCCCGUCAUCCAGAAUAAGUUUGAGCGGCCUUGCUGCUCGCCGAAGUACGGCUCGCCCAAACUUCAGCGCAAGAUGUCCUCGUCCAACAAGGCGGAGAUACCCAACACCAGCCGCGCCGCCACCCCCACCACUCCUCAGAAAGGCAACAGCGAGUCGGCUUGGGCGCGCUCCACCACCACGCGGGACAGCCCAGUCCACACCACCAUCAACGACGGCCUCUCCAGCCUCUUCAACAUCAUCGACCACACGCCAGUCGUCUACGACGCCAUGCAGAAGUUCAACAAGUCCCCCAGCCACUGCCGCCCCGCAACCGCAACUGCCACCGAGCCCAGCCCCGACCCCAGGAGCGCCAGGGGCCGCUCGCCCAGCCCCGUGCAGCUGAUAGUGGAAACGGAGGGUGACCGGAACGCCGAGGUGGUGAGCAUUCGGGAGGACCUGUCAGCGCCCCCGGGGUACACGCUGGCCGAGAACGCCGCCCGCAUCCUCAACAAGAAGCUACAAGACGAGAGGAGGAUGCAGGCAGGAGGAGUGGGAAACAAGCUGGCCGACCCAGAGAGAGCACAGCCCGGAUGCAUGGAGAAGCACACUGUCAUACUAACAACUCCAUGGGGACUGUAAGUCUCCACGAUGGCCACGGGCAGAACGAUGGCAAAGGUUCUCGUGUACCCUCAGUCCCCCUUUAAAGGAUCAUGCUGCUGUUGCGUCGGCAUACGUCAUCAAAAGGUGUCUCUGAGUGUUCAAAUUCAUUCUAAACCAUAUAUGAUUUUUGUUUUUUUGUUUUUUUUUGUGGGGGUGUAAAAUGUACUAGAGUGGUACAAUAACUUAUGAGUUUUAUUCGUUCCGUGAUCACGCUUGUAACUCAAAACCCUCGUAUCUCUCAAAUCAGAUUUCCCCUUUGAAAUGAAUGGAAAUGCCACUAAUCCAGUCCGGUAUCCCCAAAAUUGUUUUUAAUGUGUUUUUUAAUACGAAAAAUAGCAUUCUACUGUCUUGUACUUUAAAAAAAAAAAAACAUACAGCAAUAACUUCAUUCGAUAGAACAUCAAGAAACAAGAAUUAAACACUUUGUGCAUCAUGAUUUCACACUUUCAUUCAAUAGACAUUGUGCUGCUCCUUCUGGUGUGUGCGACCUGGCCACCAAGGGGAAGGAAAAUACACAGACACUAUGCAUAGAUUUGAUAAUGAAACCCAGAAACUAAGCUGCCUGUGAGCAUUGUUGUGUGCUCUGUCUGCGUGUGUUCCUACCAUUUGUGUUUAAAUUCUGUAUGGCGUUUAAAGGUUUAUGGGACUACCGCCAUAUCAAUGCUAAUUUCGUUAGCCCGUCUGUUGUGUUUCCCAUUAUGCGUCAGCGUUAAAAUAACAGAUGUUCGUCAAAGUGAAGUGGUAAUCCAGUAUAUGCGCAAUCUACUUCCGCAUUCGGUAAAACCGGUCUAAGCACUUCCUCCUGGUUUGGGUGAAUGGCAAAGGAGACUGGGGGACAGCACCCCCUUAACACUGUGCCUUAAACACCCCCCCCCCUCCGCCGCUAAAAUUCAUCUAGAACCGCCACUGGCCAGCUAGCGCUCGUAGCUAAUUAUUUUCCUCGCAAUUCAAAACAAAUAAUAGGCCAAACUCGUAUCUCAAAAAACUCUUAAGGCAGGUCACUCUUAAGUUGCAGUACCACUGUAUAGCCAAUUAUGAUGCGAUGUAAUCAUUUUCUGGGGUUACAACUUUUGUUUUCCUCUUUCUUCUUGGGAAAAAAAGAACUUUAUUUUCACAAAAUUAAUACUUUUUCACUUGGAAAAGGCAACUUGUUUUUCAAUGUCUUUCCCACAAAACACUCUUUUAAAAAUAAAUAAAUAAAUAAAUAAAAAAGAAUUUUUUUUAUUUUGAAAAUAUCAAUUGUUUUUUCUUCAAUAAUAUGAUUCUGAUUCUGAAAUAGUAUUUUUUCUUUCCAAAAAGAUUUGUUACUUUGGCAGAUACCUUUUUAUUGUGGAAAAAAAGAAAAUUAAUUUAUUCUUAUCCUUGAAAUAUGGCUUUUAAACACCAAAAAUAUGACUUUCGCAAAACCAAAGCAAAUGUAUUUAUAUAGCUAAUUUCUUUCACAAUGUAACACAAUGUGCUUUACAUGAAAAGCACUUAAAAAACAGCUUAUAAACAUUGAAAAUAAAGAGAAAAAUAAAAAUCCAAUCAAAACAGCGCACAGUGCAGGAAAAAUCAUUUUAAAGUGGAAAUGCUCUAAAAGGCAUACGAAAAAAGAAGGGUUUUUAACCUGGACUCAAAAAAUAGAACUUGUUUCAUGAAAGAAAUAUGAGUCUUUUAAGAAAGAUUUUCAUUUAUUUCGUAAAAGUAUUUCUUCUUCUAAAUACAACUUUAUUGUUGUGCAAUUGCUACUUUGUUUCUUGGAAAAUAUUACUUUUUUCACAAAUAUCACUUAUGUCCUUGUAAAAAUAUUACUUUCUUCUAGAAAUAAUAGCACUUUAUUCUCAUUAAUUAUGCCUUUUUGAGAGAAAUAUGAUUUCUUGGCAAGUGGACUUUUUACUCUUGAAAAAUGUUGCAUUUUUUUCUUAUUACUUUUCUCUUGAAAACAUUUUUUUAUCUGGAUUCUUGUGAAAAUAUGACUUUAUUUUCAUAAGAUUCCCCCCCCCCCCCAAAAAAAACUAAACAAUUACUAUAGAAAAAGAGCAUUUUCCUUGAAAAAUGAUGUUGUUGUUUUUUCAUUAAAAAUGUGUACCUUAAAAAGAAAAUCAGGGAUCUGUAUGAAUUUUCCAGGUCAUGUCAUUGAGUAACUGUUGUACUGCUGUUUUGCCAGUGGAGCUCUUUAGCGCCCUCUGGAGUUCAGCACGACACGCAGCCACAAUUUUGCAUGAUCAAUCAUGCGGUAUGUUCCUUUAAAGCUUCAUGUGACGAAAGCACUCCAAAUGUACUUUGGAGUGUUUGUCACUAUUUCAUGACAGGUUGUGACGUCCUCCACUUGAGUUAGUUUUUAAUUAACUUUAUCUUUAUUUUAUUCCCACAUUUACCCUCACACUUCCUCUUCCAGUCCCAUUCCUUAAUGUGGCAUUAACAAGACGACGGAAGACCUUGGACAGUACACAUCUUGUUGUUGCUUGUUUGUCAUUUAACUGAACACUUAAGGUGGAAAUGUCCACCUUGAGACAUACCGCUGGCCUUUCUUUAGAAGUACAGUCCAAAUAGGAUUCAAAUAGUCUAUUUAUGGACAAAAUAUGCUUUAAAGGUGUUUUAAGGUGGAUUUUUUUUCUCCUUUGUGGUUCAUGUUUGUGUUUUUUUACUCACUGUCGUUGCAUGAUCUGUGCUGUGUGAUGGGAAGCACACCACGACCACCACCACCUUUACUUUGCUACUACAGAUAAAACCUCUUUUGGGUCUUGUUA